AUGACUCGACCAACGAAAGAAGAACGAGAGCGACUCCAGGAGCGCAUUCGCCGUCUCUACUUCACAAAGUGUAUGCUGAUCGAGGAACGGGAUAUUCUCACGGAAUUUCUAUGGUAUAUGCGUCGCCGCUUCGGAAAUCUGAGCGGGCGAUUCGUCGAUUUGGCUGAUAUCUUCAUCGGGAUGACAACUGCUAGAGACUACCGUAUCGAAAUAGUUCGUGAACGGCUCACGGAAGCUCGUCAGCUCGCGGAAGACUACAGAGGUAGGGAGGAGAUUCACCAGAGGUUCGACGAACUAGCCACUAUGAUACGUUCGCUUUACAUCCGCUGA